CCCCCUCGGCAGUCAAUUGACAUGUAAGAUGAGCUCUUCCCGUUUCCUCCGCCACUCACUGCCUUCUUUCUUCUCACUCCUUCCCACCUGCUCAAGAGAAGCGACAAAAAGGGUAGCACCUCGGAAGGAUCGGACGGAGAGAGAGGAUGGGAGGGUGCUUUCCCUGCGCCGGAGAGCCAAAGACGGUCGAGAAGGAUCAGCCCCAUCUUCCGACAGGUAUCCGAGAUAAGUCAAAAUCCAAUCUUUCUUUGGAUGUUAAGAAAGAGAGCUUGGCGGAUGAAAAGGAGACAUCAAGUAAUGGAUCAGGACACAUUGCUGCUCAGACAUUUACGUUCAGAGAACUGGCUGCUGUAACAAAGAAUUUUAGAGCUGAUUGCCUAUUGGGAGAGGGAGGAUUUGGUCGAGUGUACAAGGGCAAAUUGGAAAGUAGCAACCAGAUUGUGGCUAUAAAGCAGCUUGACCGUAAUAGCUUGCAAGGAAACAGAGAAUUUCUUGUUGAGGUUCUUAUGUUGAGCCUACUCCACCACCCUAAUCUUGUUAACCUAAUUGGUUAUUGUGCUGAUGGAGAUCAAAGGCUUUUGGUCUAUGAAUAUAUGCCAUUAGGAUCCUUGGAAGACCAUCUCCACGGUAUUUCACACCUUUCUCCGGAUAAGAAGCGACUUGACUGGAAUACUCGAAUGAAAAUAGCAGCUGGUGCAGCGAAAGGCUUAGAGUAUUUACAUGAUAAAGCCAGUCCUCCCGUUAUAUACCGUGAUUUAAAAUGCUCUAAUAUUUUGCUCGAUGAGGGGUAUCAUCCGAAGUUAUCUGAUUUUGGCUUGGCAAAGCUUGGUCCUGUAGGCGAUAACACACAUGUUUCCACUAGGGUCAUGGGUACCUAUGGAUAUUGUGCACCUGAAUAUGCAAUGACUGGACAGCUGACAAUAAAAUCAGAUAUUUAUAGCUUUGGAGUUGUUCUUUUGGAGAUCAUCACCGGAAGAAGAGCCAUUGACAAUUCUAGAGCUGCAGGAGAGCACAAUCUUGUUGCAUGGGCACGACCACUGUUCAAAGACAGGAGAAAAUUUUCACAGGUGGUUGAUCCAGUGCUUCAGGGUCAGUAUCCUCCAAGGGGUUUAUAUCAGGCGCUUGCUGUCGCUGCAAUGUGCGUGCAGGAGCAACCUGCUUUGCGGCCCCUGAUAGCUGAUGUUGUUACAGCUCUUUCAUACCUUGCUUUGCAAAAUUUUAACCCCGAAAGCCAACCAAAUCAGAACACCUCUCGUUCGACCACACCAGGUACACCCCCUCGAACCAGAAGGGACACUGAGAAGAGGUCCGGAUAUUGAGGUGUUAAGUUGUGGAAGUAAAGGAGGGUAUAAUUGGAUCCAUGCAGUACUCUGCCAGUAGCUAAUGCCAAGUGCAUGAACCUUGCAGCUUCACCUGGCCUAGUACCAUCUCUUGGCAGUAGAUCCUACACAUAUUUUGCCAUGUAGUUAAUCAUGGUUGGGGGCAUACCCUCCUUCGGCUGGUUCCUUGGUUUCUUGUGCCAGUUCUUGAACCAAGUUUGAUGCCAGGUUGGCCUCUGCUCGACUCAGAAUUAAUUUUAUCUGACCAAGUACAUUCUUUUUGUUGUUGAGUAUGUAAUUUUGGUUGCUUAUACCAAAGUGAAUGUAUUAGAUGGCACAUCUUCUGAUAUUCCUUCUAUCUUGUUUUAGAAUUUAGCUAAAUACAUUGUUCAAGUGCUUUUCACA